AUGAGAUGGGCAAUCAGGGAUGCUCUCACUCAUCUACUGGGCUUCUGUUUCUUCGUAUCAAUCAAAGAUCAAUAUUCCUUCUUAAAGAUCUUCCUUAGGUACAAGUUCAUGCCAUUUUCAAUUAUGUCCCCUUGGGUUAAAGGUUUCGAGAAGGAGAUUUACUGGUUCCUAAAAUCAUGGAUCAUAUUAGACUUGUUCAUGUCUUAUGCGUUUGUUGUGGUAGCUUGGAUAGUUAUGGCGGGUUCAAGAAGAAGCUGGAGAGAAAUUGUGAAAGAAGGUUAUCAUUUACUGUUAUUAAUGCUUCAACCUGCUGUUGAUCUUAUGUUUUUUGAAGUUGUAGUUUGUGGGAGAUAUGUUAGAUGGGUGAUUUCACAACAUUUUGGGGUGUUCUUUGGUGUAGCUUUCCAGUCUUUCAUGGAGGUUUAUUUCAUGGUUGCAUGGAUGAUGUAUUACUUGUCUGUGAAGUCCAUUCAUGCUAAUUCUAGUGGUGAACCUUUUGGUAAACUAGAGCUUGAAGCCAUGCUUGAAGAUGUUAAAUCUUAA